CUUAUUCAGCAGCAGCAGCAGCAGCGGCGGCAGCAUUGUGUGGGAAUCGUCCCUUCACGCCACAGUCGUGCGGAUGCGUCGGGGGAAAGAGCGCGUUCAUGAAAAAGAGUCCGUAAGCUGUGAUUGAUUUCUAGGAUGUAAACAUGGCUAGAAUGUUCCAGAGCCUUCUGGUGUUUACGGGAAGAGUCGCGCACGGCGUCAGAGUCGCAGGCUUCUGGUCACUGAUAUACGGUUACUGUUUGCUCUGCAGCCUGGUGGCGCUAUUUAAACUUUGGUGGAGCCUCGUCCUUAGGCCGACCACCACCUUACAGUGGCACGUCCGUGACUGUCCCCCCGCAUGUCUGUGUGACACGUCCUUGGGAACCCACUGCUAUGUACGGAUCAAGGAGUCUGGCCUUAGGUUUCACUAUGUCGCAGCUGGAGAGAGGGGAAAGCCUCUCCUGCUGUUUUUGCACGGCUUCCCUGAAUUCUGGUUCUCGUGGCGCUACCAGCUUCGUGAGUUUAAGACUGAAUACAGAGUGGUUGCCAUUGAUAUGCGAGGCUACGGGGAGUCUGACCUGCCUCUCUCGACUGACAGUUACCGCCUUGAGUUCUUGGUCACUGAUGUCAGGGACAUUGUGGAGUACUUAGGUUACAACAGAUGCUGCCUAGUGGGUCACGACUGGGGUGGGACCAUUGCCUGGAUCUUUGCAAUCCACUACCCAGAGAUGGUGUCAAAACUCGUGGUCCUCAACUGUCCUCACCCGUCAGUGUUUACAGAUUAUGCUCUUCGCCACCCCAGCCAGUUGCUGAAAUCCAGUCAUUUCUUUUUUUUCCAGUUGCGUCAUUUCCCGGAGCUAAUGCUUUCCAUCAAUGAUUUCAAGGCUGUCAAAUCACUAUUCACCAGCCGUAGCUCAGGGAUUGGGAGGAAAGGCCGCUGGCUUACCGCAGAGGAUUUAGAGGCCUAUCUCUACGCCCUGUCUCAGCCGGGAGCUUUGACUGGCGCUCUCAACUACUACAGAAACGUCUUCAGCUUCUUUCCCCUGAGCCAGAAACAUGUCAGAUCUCCAGUGCUGCUUCUGUGGGGUGAGCACGACACUUUUUUGGAGCAGGAAAUGGCCGAGACGUGUCGCAUCUACAUCAGGAACCACUUUCGUCUCAACAUCAUCACUGGCGCUAGUCACUGGCUGCAGCAGGACCAGCCUGAGAUUGUAAACACCCUCAUGUGGACUUUUCUCAAGGAGUGACAUGGAUGCAAAAGCUCCAGGACCUAACUGACACAGCAGCUUCCUCUCCCUUCUGAUCCGUCUUAACCAUCUCUGACAGGUGAUGCUGAGCUGUGGUGUUUUUUUGUUUUUUUUUUCACAUAAAUUUACAUUUGAAGACAUUGUUUA